AUGUCCAGCUCAAGUGUACAUACGAGCUCCAACAUACCUGAUUAUGGUACACCAAAGGAUGUCGUUGAUGCCGUCCAGGUCCAAACUUUUGAUACUGCCGAGGCUCCUGCAGAGAACAUCUUCUCGAAUCAUGCUCAAAGAGGUCUGAAGAUGAGGCAUUUACAGCUCAUCGCUAUCUCAGGUGCCAUCGGAUCAUCGGUCUUCCUGUCCAUCGGAUCUCCCUUGACAGGUGGUCCCUUGGCUUUAUUGAUUGGUGUGAUACUAUGGUCCACCGUUGUCUGGGCCAUCAGUAACUGUUUGGUCGAAAUGUGUACUCUGUUCCCUGUUGAAGGUGGUUUCGUUUACUACGCUACUCGAUUCUUGGACCCUUCUUUAGGUUUCUCCUUGGGUUGGAAUUAUUUCCUCUGUCAAGUCUCAUUGAUUUGCGGAGAGUUUACAUCGAUGAAUGUUUUGGUCGCAUACUGGGCUCCUGAUCUCACACCGGCUGUUAUCAUCUCAGUCGGUUUGGCUCUCUUGCUCUUUGUUCAGGUCUUCAAUGUUAGAGUAUACGGUGAAACCGGUAAGUCAGACCUGUACAUGUUCUCAUCACCACACGGAUCACUGACCCCUGUGAACAAUUUCGCACAAUUUUGGAUCAGUAUCGGUAAAAUUUUCAUGAUCUUUGGUGCUGUCAUCUUUACUUUCAUCACUAUGGUGGGAGGAAACCCAAAACAUGACAAAUACGGAUUCAGAUUCUGGAAAGAUCCGGGACCUUUCGCCGAUUCCUCUGGAGUCGAUAGAGCUCAAGCUAUUUGGCACGCCGUGCAAUGGGCCGCAUACGGUAUUGUUGGUCCCGAUUAUAUCGCUUUGGCUGCUGGGGAAGUACAGAACCCCCGAAGGGUAUUGCCAAAAGCCUUCAACUCGACGAUUUAUAGAAUUCUAGGGUUCUACGUAGGAGGUGCUUUCUUUGCUGGUAUCAACGCUUCUUCGAAUGAUCCCUCUCUUCUGGGUUCUACAGGCGCUGCCAAAAUCACCUUACAUCAUUAA